GCAACAGCGGCAACAGCAGCGGAGCCCCCGUCCCUCCCCCGCCGCACCCCGCCCGGGCACGAGAGAAGAGCCUGAGCCGCGGGCGGCGAAGAUGGCAGAGACAUCGGCCUCCCCGAUCCCGCUCUCUCCUCCCGAAGUGGAGGUGGACCCCGAGUUUGAGCCCCAGAGCCGCCCGCGCUCUUGUACGUGGCCCCUGCAGAGGCCGGAGCUCCAGGCCAGCCCGGCUAAGCCCUCGGGGGAGACGGCCGCCGACUCCAUGAUCCCGGAGGAGGAGGACGAUGAAGACGACGAGGACAGCGGCCGGACCAGCUCGGCCAUGGCGAUCGGCGGUGGCGGGAGCGGAACCCUGGGCUCCGGGCUGCUUCUUGAAGACUCGGCCCGACUGCUGGCUUCCGGAGGGCAGGACUUCGGGUCCGGGCCAGCUCCCGCGGUGGGCGCGCUGAGCGGGGGAACCCAGACGCCGCUGCAGCCUCAGCAGCCACUGCCAGCGCCGCAACCCGGGGCAGCUGGGAGCUCCGGGCAGCCGAGGAAGUGCUCUUCGAGACGGAACGCCUGGGGAAACCUGUCCUACGCCGACUUGAUCACCCGAGCCAUCGAGAGCUCCCCGGACAAACGGCUCACUCUGUCCCAGAUCUACGAAUGGAUGGUGCGAUGUGUGCCCUACUUCAAAGACAAGGGCGACAGCAACAGCUCUGCGGGCUGGAAGAACUCUAUCCGGCAUAACUUGUCUCUGCACAGUCGAUUCAUGAGGGUCCAGAAUGAGGGGACUGGCAAGAGCUCAUGGUGGAUCAUCAAUCCUGAUGGGGGCAAGAGUGGCAAGGCUCCCCGGCGGCGGGCCGUCUCCAUGGACAACAGCAACAAGUAUACCAAGAGCCGUGGCCGAGCAGCCAAGAAGAAGGCGGCCUUGCAGACUGCCCCAGAGUCUGCAGAUGACAGUCCUUCCCAGCUCUCUAAGUGGCCUGGCAGCCCCACCUCACGCAGCAGCGACGAGCUUGAUGCGUGGACGGACUUCCGUUCACGUACCAAUUCCAAUGCCAGCACAGUGAGCGGCCGUCUGUCACCCAUCCUGGCAACCACAGAGCUGGAUGAUGUCCAAGAUGACGAUGCACCGCUCUCCCCAAUGCUCUACAGCAGCUCAGCCAGCCUGUCACCCUCUGUAAGCAAGCCAUGCACCGUGGAGCUGCCACGGCUGACUGACAUGGCAGGCACCAUGAAUCUGAAUGAUGGGCUGGCUGAUAACCUCAUGGAUGACCUGUUGGAUAACAUCACGCUGCAGUCAUCCCAGCCAUCGCCCACUGGGGCGCUCAUGCAGCGCAGCUCCAGCUUCCCAUACACCACCAAGGGCUCUGGCCUAGGCUCUCCAACCAGCUCCUUUAACAGCACAGUGUUUGGACCCUCGUCUCUGAACUCCUUGCGCCAGUCUCCCAUGCAGACCAUCCAAGAGAACAAGCCAGCCACCUUCUCUUCCAUGUCACACUAUGGCAACCAGACACUCCAAGACCUGCUCACUUCUGACUCGCUCAGCCACAGCGAUGUCAUGAUGACUCAGUCAGAUCCCUUGAUGUCCCAGGCCAGCACUGCUGUGUCUGCCCAGAACUCCCGCCGGAAUGUGAUGCUUCGCAAUGACCCAAUGAUGUCCUUUGCUGCCCAGCCUAAUCAGGGGAGUUUGGUCAAUCAGAACUUGCUCCACCACCAGCACCAAACCCAGGGCGCUCUAGGUGGCAGCCGUGCCUUGUCGAAUUCUGUCAGCAACAUGGGCUUGAGUGACUCCAGCAGCCUCGGGUCAGCCAAACACCAGCAGCAGUCUCUUGUCAGCCAGUCUAUGCAAACCCUCUCGGACUCCCUCUCAGGCUCUUCCUUGUACUCAGCUAGUGCAAACCUUCCCGUCAUGGGCCAUGAGAAGUUCCCCAGCGACUUGGACCUGGACAUGUUCAAUGGGAGCUUGGAAUGUGACAUGGAGUCCAUUAUCCGAAGUGAACUCAUGGAUGCAGAUGGGUUGGAUUUUAACUUUGAUUCCCUCAUCUCCACACAGAAUGUUGUUGGUUUGAAUGUGGGGAACUUCACAGGUGCUAAGCAGGCCUCAUCUCAGAGCUGGGUGCCAGGCUGAAGGAUCACUGAGGAAAGGGGAAGUGGGCAAAGCAGACCCUCAAACUGACACAAGACCUACAGAGAAAACCCUUUGCCAAAUCUGCUCUCAACAAGUGGACAGUGAUACCGUUUACAGCUUAACACCUUUGUGAAUCCCGCGCCAUUUUCCUAACCCAGCAGAGACUGUUAACGGCCCCUCGCCCUGGGUGAAGCACUUACCCUUGGAACAGAACUUUAUAAAGUAUGCAAAAUCUUCCUUGUCCGGGGUUGGUGAGCCACCUGCCAGCAGAGGACAGCACCCCAGCAGCACCGCCCACUCUCAUUCAGAGCACACCAUGGUGUUUUAAUAUCGCAGUGGUUUGUGGGAUGUUUUAAAUGUUGUUUUUCUGUUUGUUUUCUUUUGAUCUUCUGAGUUUUCCACACGCAUUAACUUGCAGUAUUUUUCUGUUAAAAUGUUAAUCAUCCUUCGCCUGGCAAAUUUAAAAACAAGGAAAAUGUUGUACCCGUUACCAUUCUGGCUGUGGGCAUCACAAGCUUUUGAGUCCAUGGGACUCCAUAACUAACAUAUUACACAAACUAUAGGGGGCUUUUCUUUCUUUUGUUUGGUAGAAAGUUAUCUUUUCUAAAAACUGAACAAUGGCACAAUUGUUUCCAAUGCGCACCUGUACAGGACUGAACCACACAUAGGCAAAACGAGUGGAGCAUGGCGUCCGGCCCAGUGUGUUUCCAGUUCUGAGUCAGGACCAUCUGAGGAUGAGGCCCCUGGUGCCUGUGCUGCAGUGGCCAGGUCAGCAGGGCUGUGGCCUUCUGCAGGGUCCUCUGCUAAGAUGGUGGACAGUGUGGGCCUGUCGGGUAGAAACUAGGAUCUUUUCAGGAAAGAAAUCAGCUCAGCCAUCCACUCAAUUGCCAAAUGCCACUAAAGGAUUUAUUUUUUAAGGAGAGAGGAAAAAGGAAAAUAUAGUGUCCUGUUUUGCUUUGCAAAAGAACUUAGAAGUGACUGUUAAGCUUGCAGUGAGACGUGUGAAAAGGACAAACUGAGGCAAUGCUGAGGCAGAUCUAACUUUUCUGUUUUUGAAAUGUACAUCCUUGAUUAUUUUCAGCCUUGCUGUGUAUAAUCUAGUCUUCUAGAAGUACAUGAGUGAAAGUCAAUAGCAUACAAACUGGUUUUUUUAUAUAAGCCUAAGUUAUAAUUGGACAAGUGACACAGUGAAAGUAUAAGAUAAGGCAGUUUUAACCUUUUAUUUUUCCCUUUUUUUUUUUUUAAACUUUCUGCUUCUGUGGAUUUCAUUUUGUUUUGUUUUCAAAACAUUAUGGUGCUGUAUAGGUGCUUUCUGUUUAACUUCGGAAGUGUGAUUAUAUUUGUUAUCCUCUUUGGUAGACAGAAUAGUUGGGAACGCCAUUGGUACAUACAAAAGUGGUGUAAUGCCGCUCUAAUUAGCACAGCAUAUACAUAUGUCUCCAAAGUGAUAUAUGAAGACUCUUCUUUGCAUAAAAAGUAUUAGGCAUAUAAAUGUAUAUUUUAUCAUGUACAGUACAAAAAUGGAAACUUGUGCAUGGGCAUUAAGAAUACAGGCUAGUGUUUCAGCACAGACUUCCCUGCUUGAUCCUGCUGAUGCUUUCACUGUGGCAGUGGACACCAACACAGACAUGCCACCUGAUCCCCUGCAGCAGCUGCCAGGGCCCCCCUUGUGCACCUUUGCUUUAUAACUCCUUUGGGGGUCAUAUUGGUGGUGAUCACAGCUCCUACCAUAAUGAGAGUUCCAUCUGGUAUUGUUAGACGUCUCUCCUGCCUCGCUUAGAUUGUCAUGAUUGAGCAAGGCCCUAUUGAUUUCACCCUGCCUUUUACUGAAUCUGUAAAUUGUUGUGCAAUUGUGGUUAUUAUAGACCUAAAGCAUAUCACUUUUUCUAAACUGCUACACAUUUAUAAUCUUCAUUUUAAAAGUAUGUAUGAUUUUUUUUAAAGUAUGUAUUCAUGUGGCCUGCUUGUUAGUGAGCUAGCCUUGCUUACUAUAUUCCUUUAUAAUAAUGCUAGCUGCUUUCUUGAUUCUUCAGUAGUCUCCUGUAUUCAAGAACUGUCCCAAAUCAACAAGAGGACUACUUCUCUGGCUUCCUGAGUGACACUGCCUGGGUGGAGAUGUAUCAAAGAGGCAGUGUGGGGGAAGAGGAAUCAGGGGUGUGGAAAGAUGUCAGAGACAGGGAGGAUCCCAAAGUGCUUCCAGUGUAAGGGCCCUGAGAGUUCUCUCCUGAGUUCAGAGAAACAAGCAAACUAACUCACAAACUAGUUACUUGCCUAUGCAGUUUUAUAGACUCUGGCCAGAGCUGCUUUGGGACCAAGAAAGGCAGCCUUCCAGUGUGUUCCAGCUUUAAAAUGUUGACUUCCUUUCAGAAACGUGACAUCUCCUUUAUUUUCUUUUUUUCCAGUGUUUACUGGAUUUCAGGAACAAUGUCUUACAAAAUGUCCUAGAAUCGUGUUAUAAUUUAAUCUGAAACAGCUGAAGGAGAAACAGUGGUAUGAGGAGAGGGCAACCACAGAAUGGAUUGAGAAAAUGAAAGGGGGAUGCUUUGGGGGUUUUUUUCUUUUUUAAAUAAUUCAAACAGCAUCUACACGUACAGUGUUCUGGAGAUCGGAGACCAGGGCCACAUCAAGUGCAGUAUCGUAUGGUGAGACCUACCAGGCCUAGGAGAAGGUCAGUCAGGAAUCAGAUAGCAAGGCCUGUCUGGAAUCCCUGCACUCUUGCUCUAGCUGUCCACUAGAGAGGCCAGCUUCACCUAGACAAGCCAAGUUCUAAGGUAGCUGACUGGGCAGAAGUGCAGCCUGAGGCCUCUUCCUUAAUUUGGCACCCUGCUUUCUGGAUAGGUCUACUGGUGACUAGUAGGUUGCCCCCUGAGUGUCUUGUGUCCCUAGUAAUAAAUGUUCUGAUCUGGAGCAUCUCAGUGGAUUACUUAGCAGCCUCCAGCCAUCAGUGGUAGUGUUUGAGUCGUGAUAAGAACGCUGGGAGCUGCCCCUCAGCCUCUUGGCAAGCUGCCCCAGGGAGCUAGCUACCUGAUUGGUAAUGGAAGUUAGGAAGGGGAGACCUACUGUUGAAAAUGUGAUGCAUGCACUCCUGGGGCCCCAUGACUCUCUUCAGUCUCCAGAGCCUGAUAUUUGUACCAAAGCUAGAAAAGAGCUUUAUCACAAGCCUUCACUGUCCUGGUGUAAGGAGUGGCCACUGGGUUCAGUGUACUCCAUUAACUGUGAAUGCAUCUGGUUUCCUUUAUUCCAGCCUCUGCAACAUAAUGAAUGCUGAAGUACACUUUAAAAGUCGUUUUCAAAAGUCUGACUCUCCUGAUAAUGAGAGAAUCAUGCACACACAUGUAGUACAAGGUGGACUUUGUUUUUGGUGUUGAUGUUUAGUAUCUGUGUGUUACUUCCUCGCCCUGAGGAGAGGAUAUUGUGGCUCACUACUCAGGACAGGUAUGCCCCAUCUCAGGGUGUGACUUCAGGUGGCUUCCAAACCUGUACAGUUUAAGGACUGUAAGGACAGACUUUGCCUCUAGGUAAUGAAUAUAUGAUCCACUUAAAGAAUAAGGAACAUUUGAACCUCUUAGAAGAAUCCAUCAAGAGUAAAGUAGUUUAAAAAAAACAAAUAUUGUGAUCCACUUGCUGGUGCCAAGGGCUGAUGAGGGGAAAUGUGAGUAUUAAAAAAGAAAACCCUUGACGGCUCUGAACUCUGAUUUUUCUUUUUCUUGAUGUAUUUGGAUAACAUCAUAUGAUUCAGUAUAAUGUUUUCUUAAUUAAGAGAAACAAAACUUUUUGUAGAAAUGCAAUCACUAGUAAAGAAGUACAAAAAAGCCAGCCCCUCCUGGAGCCUUGUGGAGGCAGGGUACAAGAGGAGAAUAAGUUCUUGUAGAAUCAUGCCUGUCAAACAAGAUCUGAAAGCAGAAGCCCAGGCAGCUAAAGAGAGUGUCUCGUUUGAUAUAAAUCUUAAGUAGGUAACAUUUUAUGCAGGUUGAACAUUUUCCUCUUGUUUUUAUUUGUAUGUAUGUCCCUUUGAAGAAUGAUUAUGAGGCCUCUACCACACUCCAGAAAUAGUUGUGCAACUGCUUUUAAAAAACUGUGUUGGGCCAGGGAUUUAGCUCAGUGGUUCCGAUGCCUGCCUCGCAAGCUCAAGGUCCUGAGUUCAAUCCCUGGUACCAAAAAAAACCCCAAAAAACAAAAAACAACUGUGUGUCUUGUCACUUAUUUCUCUAAAAUUAUCUCAUUGUCUGGCAAUCAGUCUUCUCUUGUGUACUUGACCUAGCACAUGAUAUCCAUGGGAAAUGUAAACAGAUGUGAAAAAGGACCAGAAAAAUUAGUGAGUUCUAAAAAAAAUUGUAUUGUGCAUUUUGGCUUCACAUGUUUUAACUUUUUUUUUAAGGAAAAAAGUUGCAUGAAUGAAAAAAAUCUGUAUACAGUAGCUGUAAAACUGUCUUAUCUGUUUCAAUUUCUUGCUCACAACCCAUACAAACUAGAAUUAAAUAUGGUGCAUGGCCAUAUUCAAACACCUAAGAAUCCAGCAGUUCACCCUUUGGUUUGAAGCACCUCAUCCUUUCUUUUGAAGCGAACACUAUCAUAUUGCAUUCUUACCUUGGAUUUUGUCUAAUCAUAUGUUGACAUGAAUUAACUCUGCUGCCUUUCUUCUUGAGGAUCAAAACCAGUUUGAUUUGGGAAUCUUCCCCUUUCCAAAUGAAAUGAAGAUACAGUACUUACUUUCCUUGGUGUUUGUAGAUACUGCCUUGUGUAUUCCAUUUAAAACAGUAAUCUAGUUUGUAAAAGAGAUGGUGACGCAUGUAAAUAAAGCAUCAAUGACA